CAAUGCAAGUACUUCGCACGUGGCAACAAGAUCGCCGAAAUAAACGGAAAGCGAUGUCAAUGGAACAUUAUCUGACACAAUGCCAGAGGAAGACCAAAGUAUUCCAAUUUUCUCAACAGCUUCUACGUGUUCAAAUGACAAUCUGACGUCGUCACUGACGUCGUCAUCAACAACACCUCCUGUUCAAACAUUACCAUCCGAAUGUCGCGACGGUGACGUUAGUAAAAUCUGCAACAGAACAUCACAAAUUGGCUUGUUCAGCAACGAAAUUUUGCAAAACGUCCCCGACGGGGAAAACGGUACGAAAACAAUAGAAUUUACUGAGCUCCUGAACGAGAUUUUCGAAAAAGCAGAAAAAGGCAACAUUUCAUUGCAGAGGCAAAUGUCGUCAACGGUGGCGACAAUCAAGCCACCGCCUUUUCCUUUUCCGGGACAUCCCAUCAGCGCUUUGACAAACGGCUCUCCGGGGAGCCAGAACAGUUCCGUACCGAUCAAAGAGGUUUCAUUCCACGUUUCCGAAGAGAACGCGGAAGCGGAAAAUGGUCGUUUACGUACUAAUGUUUCUCGAUUACAUUUACCGCUUCUCACGGAAAAUCACGUCAUCAGUUCACCUGAACUGAGCAAUCUGACACGUCUGCUGAAAGCGCUGAAGGACAAACCCCGCGUCAACCAAACAACCAUCGAGGAAUUUGCUGUUACUGUUUCCAACACGGUCGCUAGCAGCAGUGCCUUGGCUGAAUCAAGUCAACUUAAGGAAAUAGGGCCAUAAAGCGUUCUUUGAAUACAGCGGGUGCCAUCACGUUUGAAAUGAAAACGUUUGUAUCGAAGCAUAAAGAAGAAGCCGCGAGAGAAUGCGUCUUCUGGGAUUUCGCCAAGAGUGCCUGGUUUAGUGCCGAAUGUAAGGUUGUUGAUCAGAACGCCUCGCACACCACGUGCACUUGCAAUCAUCUCACCAACUUUGCCGUGCUGGUGAUGUACGUGGAAACCAAGGAUAUGUCACUUGGUAACCGUCAUGCGCUGUUUACUCUGACCACGGUCGGCUGCAUCCUCUCUAUCGCCUGUCUACUGAUGACCCUCAUAGCCUACGUGUACUUGAACAUGCUGGGUAACGAGAAGAUACUGAUACAUUUCAACCUCUCCCUGGCGCUCAUGAUGAGUCAGCUGGUGUUUGUUUCCGCCAGCGACGCACACCGGAACCAGGCGGCGUGUAAGGCGGUGGCGGUGGUGCUCCAUUUCCUGUUCAUGGCCUCGUUUUCCUGGAUGCUCGUGGAGGGCAUCGCGCUCUACAUGUGCUGCACAAAGGGGAUAUUUAACCAUCGGGACAUGCGCGUCAAGUACAUCCUGCUGGGAUGGGGACUUCCGCUUCUGAUUGUGAUCAUCUCGGUUGCCGCCCGUACUCCGGAAUACGGGAACGGACCCCAAUAUAGGUGCGUUAAAACACGAUUGUACGGUAAAACACGAGUCUACGGUAAAACACGAGUCUACGGUAGUACACGAGUCUACGAUAAAACACGAGUCCACGGUGAAACACGACUCUACCGUAAAACACGAGUCUACUGUAGUACACCAGUUUACGCUUCGCACAUGUUUAAGUUCCUUUUUUCAAAGAGUGAGUCCCUUUUGUUUAUCAGCUGCUGGUUGUCCGUGAAAGAGGGUCUCAUCUGGGCCUUCAUUGGGCCAAUGCUGGUCGUCGUGCUGGUAGGUGACUUCCGUUACUCAACUGCCGAAGGGAGGGGGGCUUUUCAGAAAGUUCAUAUGAUGAAUAACAUUAUAUAUGUUGCAGAUGAACAUGUUCGUUCUGGGACUGGUGGUGAAGGUUUUUCUGACAUUGAAGACCAUCUCAGAAAAGACGGAGUUAGCCAAAUUAGGGGAAGCCUCCGCGCGAUGCUAACGCUGCUCCCCCUGUUGGGCCUCACGUGGAUCCUUGGUCUGCUGGUCCCUAUUAAUGUCGUGUUCCACUACCUCUUCGUGAUCGCCAACACAGUGCAGGGGAUGUGCAUAUUCUUUCUCCACUGCAUCUGCAAUGACGAGAUCCGGAAGAAGUUCCGUGAAAAGCGGCGCCGAUGGUCGACGACCAGGACCUUAUCUGAAGUUGAUAUGGCGUUUCCCGGUCGGCGGAAGUUAGGGAGUAUCGAUACGGCGAAAUUUUCAGCUGUGGGAAAUGUUAUGCAAAACACGGCGGAUUGCAUAGUCUCCAAACUUCCUCAAGUCGUCUGGUCAUAAAGCAGGAACCGUGAUGCCCCCUACCGGCACAUGCAGUAGCACGUGACGUUCGUGAUUACUAGCCGUUGAAGACCACGGGGCUUCUCGAGCUACAGCCACGAUAUUCUGUGGGAUUUCUUGCUAUAUUCAUAAACACUAUUUGAAGUCAAUGUCGUUCAUUGCGAAUUGCAUUGUUUCUUGUCUUUUUUUAACGUGAGAUCUUUGUGAAAUAUUUAGUGGUUAGAGACAGAUUAUAUCUGUUUAGAACUUCUUAAAUUACACAGAAAACAAAAACAAA